AUGUGUCCGCCGAUGGCGUAUAACUGGCUUGUUAUUUUAAUCGUAUUUCUGGCAGUUUUCGGCCUGUCAGAAUGCGUAUCAAACAACCGGCCGCCUCAAUUCCUCCCAGGCGGCGACAUGGCAAGGUUUUCCAUAUCCGAAGAUACCCCAGUUGGAAAGUCGGUUUACAAACUGUCGGCAAUUGACCCGGAGGGAUCGAAAGUGUCGUACACCGUGAGCGGCCAACAUCUGAACAUCGAUCGAUCGACUGGUGUCGUCACACUAGCGAAACGUUUGGAUCGGGAAACGUUAGAUUCGCUAGAAGUCGUCAUUAGCGUGACCGACGAUCCAAUCAAAGACUCCGAUGCAAAUACGGUGUCUCUGAGAAGAGAAAUAGCCAUCAUCGAUGUCAAUGAUAAUCCACCGGAGUUCCUAGGGAGACCAUAUUCGUUUAGUGUUUCAGAAGACACACGAGUUGGUACCAUAAUAUAUAGUAACGUGACAGUUAUCGAUAAAGACAUUGGACUGAAUAGCGAGAUUUCUAUGACAUGCAUUCAAAACAAUGAACCUUGCGUGACAUUUAACCUACUCACCGAAAAAGUGUCCACAGGUAAGUACGUAGGUUCUAUUAGAUUGGCACGUCCACUGGAUUUCGACACGGUUUCAUCGUACAAACUCACUGUGAAAGCGUCAGAUGGAGGGCUGAAAAACACUCUAUCGUCCACAGCAAAUAUUUCGGUAGUCGUCAAGGACGUGCAGGACGAACGUCCGGUUUUCACGAACUCGCCGUAUUCGAUCGUGAUCGAUGAAAAUACGCCGUCAGGCGUACAAGUACUAAAGGUCAACGCCGAAGACGGUGACGCGGGUUUCAAGAGGCCAGUCGUGUUGAGUUUAGAAGAUGAUUCUCUUGGAUAUUUCACUGUCGAGAAUGAGUCUAACGGAACUGCCUACAUAUUCACCAGCAACAAUCCUAUCGAUCGGGAAAACAAAGUAGUUUCCGACGCCGGUGGUAUUUAUACGUUCAGAUUAAAGGCUACUGAGCUGAUCAACAACGAAUUACCUGGUGACGUCAGCUACGAGAUCGUCACUGUAGUAAUUCAAGACGUGGACGACGAAAAACCCGAAUUCAACGAAAGGAGUUUUACGACGUCGGUAUCCGAAGACAUUAGUAUUGGAACGCCAUUACCGGGAUUAAAUAUUAUAGUUAAUGACAAGGACUUGGGGGAUAAUGGAAGAUAUGUAUUGGUGAUGAGGACCCAAGACUCCAGAGUGUCUAAUUGGUUUAAAAUUAUUCCGGAAACGGCCUUGGGAAGGUCAACUGUUCUGAUUCGUCUAGUUGACAACGAUGGGUUUGAUUACGACGCAGGAGUAACUGAUGUAGAAUUCGAUAUUGUUGCUAUGUACCAAGAUAAAAUGAGUGGUGGGUUUAAAGAAGCUUCUGCAGCUCAUGUGCAAGUCAACGUACUCGAUGCUAAUGAUAAUUUACCGAAAUUUGCCCAAUCAACAUAUGCAUACUCCAUACCGGAAAAUUUGGUACCUGGAACAAAUAUAGCAAAUCUCACUGCUACCGACAUUGAUAGUGGUAUAAAUGGCGAAAUAACUUACAGCUUGCAAGGUUUUGGAAUGGACAAGUUUGGAAGUGAUCCUGAAUUCGGCGGUAUAUAUUUGACUGGCAAGGUCGACUACGAACAGCAAAGUUCAUAUUCUCUAACUCUCGAAGCGAAAGAUGGAGGUAAUCGUUCCACCCACGUAGUUAUUUUGGUCGAAAUUGUAGACGUUAACGAUAAUACUCCAGUAUUCAAUUCGUUAGAAUACAAAAGAACUAUACGAGAAGGAGGUACUGAAUUUCAGCCGAAAUUCUUUGUUCAGGCAUCCGACGCCGACAGUGGACUCAAUUCUAUGAUUCGUUAUUCGGUCACUAGCUCAAACUACAACGGCGUCGUGAUGGUGAAUCCAAUCACCGGGGAACUGACAUUGAAUUCUCCGGUAAACUCGAGUCACACGUCCCGGGGACAAUAUGAGGUAGUGAUAAGAGCGACGGACCUGGGAGUUCCACCUCUACAUUCGGAUGCAAACCUCUACGUCAGGGUUGGUGUGCCAGGAAACCAGAGGCCCAUGUUCAAAAAUCUCACAUAUUCCGUCACGAUACCGGAAAACACGCCCAGGACAAUGGACAUACUGAGGGUUCGAGCGACCGAUCCUGACGGGCCUGACCAUCUGAUUGAGUACAGCAUGGCCAAUAGUAACGAUAAUUUUCACAUCAAUAAAAAAACUGGAGCCAUAUCUGUGUCGGAACGCGCCAUACUCGAUUUGGACUCAACGGGAUUGUCGCAUUAUCAUUUGGUCGUCAUGGCUAUGGACAGUGGGCUGCCUAUCAGAGAGGUUGCACACGCUGACGUGUUCGUCAACGUCACAGACGUGAAUAAUAAACCUCCCAAGUUCGACGAUAAUAUAAGUUACAUAGUAUACGUACCUGAAAUCACGGAAAUAGGUGAAGUCGUGUACAAAGUAAAUGCCAUCGACCCGGAUAAAAAUGCGUCGAUCAAGUAUGCGAUCGUUGAACCAAUUAAAGCGAAUGACAAAACUGGAUUGCCACUGAAAAACACAAGCUCAUAUAAUUUCAAAGAUGUAUUCAGCAUUAACAAACAUACCGGCGAGAUCAAAGUGAAUUCGGCGCUUAGCUAUCAGAUGGCGUCGGUGAUCGUAUUGACCAUUAGAGCGGUGGACAUGAACGCCGUUGAAAACGUUCACGAACAGUACGACGAGGUGGAAAUCACAUUUUUCGUGAAGCCGUACAUGAAUAAAAACCCUGUGUUCACUAAUUCCGGAUGGUCGGUCGACGGUGACUCGUCCACUUUAACCGUGCGGGUGGACGAAGAAACGCCAAUCGGUACUGAACUUGUGCAGCUGAAAGCCAUCGACGUGCUUACCAACGAGUCGCUUUACGAUUUCAAGGCUGUCACGGCUGUACCUCGACAAAUUGCCAUGGACUAUGCCGGCAGAGUCAUACUUACAGAACGACUGGACUACGAAACGCUGGAAAACAAGACGUUGACGUUUCAAGUGAAAGUCACUACCGAAGACGGUGAGCGGUCCACUAGCAAAACCAUAGUGAUCGAAGUACAAGACAUAAAUGACAAUAGUCCAGAAUUUGAAUAUCCAAUUUAUCGAACUUCUCUCCUAGAAUCCAGCCCAAAAGGUACAGUGGUCUUGUCGGUGAUAGCAAAGGACAAAGAUUUACCGACGACCCAAAACGGUAUAGUCAGGUACCAUCUAGGAGGUGAAAAUUCAAAUUUGUUUACUGUUGAUCCCAAAAGCGGAGAGAUACAAGUUUCUGGAAAUGGUGUAAUUGAUCGUGAAAAAACUCCAAUUUUAAAAUUAAUGUUAUUUGCAUCAGACACGCCACUAGGUGGUCCUCAUCAAAAAAUGUCUUCAGUACCAGUUAAUAUUGAUGUGAAGGAUAUAAACGACAAUGCGCCUGAAUUUGAUACUUCAAUCUAUAUUGCAGUAGUAUUAGAGAACGUAGUUCCCGAAACAAGUGUGUUAAACGUAUCGGCACACGAUCCGGAUGAAGGAUCUGCAGGCUUGGUCCAUUACAAGCUCAUCGAUGAACAACAACUUCAUGGUUUCUUGUACAUAAAUCCAAUGAAUGGACAAAUAAAGACUUCCAAAAGAUUAACGGGCAAAGGCCGCUCUGAUCCGUAUGAAAUGAAAAUAAGAGCCGAAGACAAUGGAGAACCUGGAAUGUUUUCUGAUGUUAAGCUUAGUCUAUACAUCAGCGAUAUAAUUGAAAAUGAUGGAGUUCCGACUUUUGUACAUCCAACUGCUGAUGAAAUCGCAUAUGUUUCUGAGAAUGCAUCCAUUGGAUCGUUAGUAUUCAGAGCAGUGGCUACAGAUCCAGACGAUCCCAAUACAUUGGAAGGAACAAUUCAUUAUAGCUUUUUAGAAGAAACAAAAGAUUCUUCAAUUUUUUCUAUUGAUUCAGAAACGGGAUUAAUAACGACCAAGUCAAUUUUGGACAGAGAAACACAAGACAAAUAUACUCUUGUAUUAGUAGCAAGAGAUUUAGGCGAUGUUCCUCAACAGUCCACAAAAGUUUUCAACGUUAUUAUAACCGAUGUCGAUGACAAUAAACCAGUAUUCAAUAGAUCGAUCGAAGAAAAACCUUUAAUGAUGGAAGUCGAAGAAGAGUCGUCUCAUGGUACCUUAGUUGGUUUCAUAGCAGCGUAUGAUCCGGAUAUUGGGGAUAAUGCUUUGAUUGAUUACAUUAUAACGGAUGGUAACGAGGGUAAUGUAUUUUAUUUAAACUCUUCGAAUAAUGUAGCCGAAAUAAGAGUGAGUGGAGAAAUUGAUAGAGAAUCUAUAUCUGAAUAUGUUUUGACAAUAAAAUGUUUCAAACAUAAAACAAAAGCAUAUAGUUUGCAUAAAUCGUACAACAAACAAGAUCCUAGUGAGAGACAGGUGGUUAUCAAAAUACUUGAUAUCGAUGACAAUUUACCGAAAUUCGUCGAUGAAAACUUAACUUUAGGCGUUAGGGUAAGCGUUCCUCUAGACACACUUGUUGCUACAAUACAAGCCACAGAUGUUGACAAUUUGGCAGAACAAAUCACGUAUCACAUUACAAAUCUCACUUUUGCUCAUAGGCUUGAAAGCCCAAAAGAGAUCAAGAGCUGGCCAUUCUUUUUAGAUCAAUUAAGUGGUCAGAUCAGAACAACAUCUUCGAUGACAUCCUAUUCAGAAGGUUACUUUAACAUAGUUGUGGCUGCGAUCAACAGUGACGUGCCUGGACGACAUUCUAACACUACAAUCAAGGUGUUCAUUGUAAAAGACCGUGGCUUGUUGAAGUUUGUUUUCACAAGACCACCAAAUGUAGUAGGCCAUUACAUUACUAAAUUCAAAGAAGAAGUUGAAAAAUCACUAGGGAUACCUCAAGUUAGUUUAAACUUGUAUGACACCCAGUUUUAUUCAAAAAAUGACGGAAGUCUAGAUUUUAGUAGCACAGGUUCAUGUUUUCAACUAGUGGGCCCAAACAAUUACAAUCCAAAAGAUACUAUAUCGUUACUCGAAGACCCUAGUAAUCAUGAGCUGAAAAACGUGUACAAACAAUACGAAGUUAAAAACAUCGAACGAUGUUCCCCGAAACAAGUCAAAUCAGCUGUUACUUGGGUACAGAUAUCGGUGUUAGGUAUUGCAAUUUUCAUUGGAUUCGUAUCGAUUUUUUCAAUAUGCCUUUUAUGUUGUUCUUAUAAAAAAUGGAAAAGACUACGGUAA